CUAGAGUAUCAUUGCGAUUGGCCAUGUGACAAUCUGACAUAGCCACUGCCAUGUGCAUAUAAGUCGGGCAACUCAAACGGUUGGGCAUUCUUGUGCGCCUUAUACCAACAUUCCAGCCUACUUCUAGCUGCAGAAACGAUAUGGCCACAAUGAUGGUUACGACAUAUCUGGAAACACGCUACGUGGACCGCGCAAAGUUGAAUGAGUUGCUGCAGGCCCUUUUUGGACAGAACUACAGUGUAGUGGCCUCAGGAGACACAAUCUCAGUAGAGGCAUCCAGAGAGCUCACAGAGGCCGAAAAGAACUCCGUGUCACGGAAUAAAUAAACGGCUGAAGCUGGAGAGGGGGGACUUGAUUGGGCGCUGGGACUGGUCUUCAGGAACAUGGUAUCAGAUGUAGACACAUGAGAUUAACGCAAUGACUAUAAGACCGAUUUGAAGUUUUCAAUUUAUACGUGUUAUUCAAAGAUUAUAUGAAACC